UAUAAUCUGAAAUCUUCUACAUAUCACUUCAAAAAAACAUUAAAAAAUAGGUGAAUUAAUGUAAAUAAUAGAAUUGCUGAACGCAGUACAUGGAAAAUGUUUUUCUUUUGCCCUGUAACCAUUACAAAAACAAAAAUGAGAAACCUUACAUUUAUUUUUCCAUGCUAAGUCUUUGAAAUCGAUGUGCCCUUGGCAUUCUUCCAACACUUCAGACAAGCCACGUCUCCGGUGGCUGUGUCACCAGCCACUCGAUGUCCAGGGCCGCCGUGCGGGGCUGAGCGGGUCUCAGGGAUGACAGGGAUGACACGCCUUCCCCUCACUUCUCACUCUGUUUCAGCCACCUGGGUCGGAGGAGGUUACAUCAACGGGACAGCCGAAGCCGUGUACGUUCCAGAUUACGGUCUAGCGUGGGCUCAGGCACCAGUUGGAUAUUCCCUUAGUCUGAUCUUAGGUAAGCAAAAGUUCACACCUGAGCGACUCAGUCAGUAAGGCAUAUAGAUCAGGAGUAUAAAUAACAAGCGAAAUAAGUCAAACGAUGUGAACAACUGUUGUGGGAAAUGCUGCCGGAAAUCCCUAAGUAGCUGUUAUCAGAAAGUGGUAACACUAACGUUUAGGUGAUCGGAUCUCCUGAUGAUGGAACAUGUUUAAAAAAUUCCCUUGAUUGUUUGCUAUCAAAGCAGUGAAUUUCUUAACAUAAUGAUGUUUUUUCUUUCCAAAAUAGUGCGGACAUAUCGUUAAAAAUGAAUCUGCGUGAAUUGUACCUGCAUUUCAUUUUGUAAAUCAAACUAAUAAAAGGUCAAGAAUAUUAUGUAACAGAGGGUUCCUAAAUUUCUUUUGCACUUAGAAUACUUUUGUUGGAUCCUGUGCUUAAUCAAAUAUCUGAAUGCCCUGCUGGGUGACACAAAUACAUGAAGACAUUUUACGAGUGCACUGCUGGUCCGUGUGUUUCAAUCCACAGCCUCUUCCAUGCCAUGUGUGGCCCCGGAUGCACACGACAAUCGUAUUAAGAAAUUUCCACUUUAUUGCUGAAUAUUUCUUGGUCCUGUACUCACUGGAUUUUGCAGACAGGUUCCUCAACAUGUAUGAGUGUUCUAAAAAAUUCAUUUCCCUUCAGAAAUUAUAUAUAGUAAAAGGUUGGCAAAGACUAUUGUAUUAGGGAUUUUUCAUUUUCUCAUUAACGCUUGCUUUAAUUUCCUUUAGGUGGUCUGUUCUUUGCCAAGCCCAUGCGUUCCAAGGGAUAUGUGACCAUGUUAGACCCCUUUCAGCAGAUCUACGGAAAGCGCAUGGGAGGGCUCCUGUUCAUUCCCGCGCUGAUGGGGGAAAUGUUCUGGGCUGCGGCCAUUUUCUCUGCCUUAGGAGCCACUAUCAGCGUGAUCAUUAGCGCCGAUGUGCACGUGUCCGUCAUCGUCUCCGCCCUUAUCGCCACGCUGUACACCCUGGUGGGCGGGCUCUACUCCGUGGCCUACACAGAUGUCGUUCAGCUCUUCUGCAUUUUCGUGGGACUGUGGGUCAGCGUCCCCUUCGCACUGUCACAUUCUGCGGUUGCUGACAUCGGGUACACGGCCGUGCACACCAAGUACCAGAAGCCCUGGCUGGGGACCAUUGAGCCGUUUGAAGUCUACACGUGGCUCGAUAGCUUUCUGUUGUUGAUGCUGGGUGGAAUCCCGUGGCAAGCCUACUUCCAGAGGGUCCUGUCUUCAUCCUCAGCCACCUACGCUCAAGUGCUGUCCUUCCUGGCAGCCUUUGGCUGCAUGGUGAUGGCUCUGCCAGCCAUACUCAUUGGAGCCAUUGGCGCGUCAACAGACUGGAGCCAGACUGGAUACGGGCCUCUCGACCCCAAGGACAACCAACAGUCAGACAUGAUCUUGCCGAUCGUCCUGAAGUAUCUCUGCCCUGUGUACAUUUCUUACUUUGGUCUUGGAGCCGUUUCUGCUGCUGUCAUGUCAUCAGCAGAUUCUUCCAUCUUGUCAGCAAGUUCGAUGUUUGCUCGCAACAUCUAUCAGCUUUCCUUCAGACAAAAUGCUUCCGACAAGGAGCUCGUCUGGGUCAUGCGCAUCACGGUGUUCGUGUUCGGAGCUUCCGCAAUGACCAUGGCCUUGCUGACGAAGACGGUGUACGGGCUCUGGUACCUCAGCUCCGACCUCGUGUACAUCAUCAUCUUCCCGCAGCUGCUCUGCGUGCUAUUCAUCAAGGGGACCAACACGUAUGGGGCCGUGGCAGGUUACAUCUCUGGCCUCUUCCUGAGAGUCACCGGCGGGGAGCCGUACCUGAACCUGCAGCCCUUGAUCUUUUACCCUGGUUAUUACAUUGAUAAAAGUGGCAUAUAUAAUCAGAGAUUCCCGUUUAAGACCCUUGCCAUGGUGACCUCAUUCUUAUCCAACAUUUGCAUCUCUUAUUUAGCCAAAUACCUAUUUGAAAGUGGAACCUUGCCACCAAAAUUAGAUGUAUUUGAUGCUGUCGUUGCAAGGCACAGUGAAGAAAACAUGGAUAGGACAAUUCUGGUCAGAAACGAAAAUAUUAAGCUAGAUGAACUUGCACCUGUGAAGCCGCGGCAGAGCCUAACCGUCAGCUCGACUUUCACCAAUCAGGAGGCCCUCCUCAACAUGGACUCCAGCCCAGAGGGCUCUGGGACUGAAGAUAAUUUACAAUAA